AAUUUGAAUAUGAUAAAGAUGAUGAAAUAUUUAAUAAGAAUGACGAAUAUUUAUCUGAUGAUGAGGAUUUAUUUGAUAAUAUGAAUCUUUUUUCACAUAUUUUAGAGAAAAUUAAAACAGAAAUGUGCGUAAUGCUUUUGCCAUUAAUAUUGACAGGAACAAAAACCGCUAGUGAACUUAAGAGCAUGAUCCAAACAACAAAACAUAAUGACUUUGCUGGCAUCGAUUCUGACCGCCUCAAAUUAUGGCAAACUGAAAUUUCUGACGCUAAUUACGAUGAACUGGUUAAUUUUCAAAUCCAUGACAACGACGCUAGCUUGGACCCAGUUUUCUUGGAUAAUUAUAUUCCAAACAAUGUUGGACAACAUAAUAUGCUCACAGCAUUGCAGCAAACUAAUAUUUGUACUCCUUGCAAAAAGGAAAAUAAGCAAAUAUUUCACCAAAGAGCCAGCUAA